UCUAUCUCCUCUGUAAAGACAAAACCGUGGAUCUAUCUCCGCCCACAGGUCCCUUCCUUCUGUCCCUCUCCCUCUCCCUCUCCCUCUUUUUCUUCUUCUUCUUCUUCUUCUUCUUCUCAUCCGUUUCUUCACCUCCCCAUUGCUUGUAGCUAUUAACCUUUGCUUACCUCUUUUUGGGCUCUUAUCUCUUACGUGAGAUCUACCGUCUUCUUCUUCUUCUUUUUCUUCUUCUUUGUGAAUCCCAGAUCUCUAAUUUUUCUUCUUGUCCAAAAUACUUCUGUAAUUUCCUAAAAAUGACAUCCUUCCGCCCAGAUCCGACCUCCAGAAUCUACCCGGAGCCGGAGUCUCUCUCAAUCGACCACUUCGACCGCCUUCCCGAUUCCCUCCUCUUGCUUGUGUUCAACAAAAUCGGAGAUGUCAAGGCGCUUGGUCGAUGCUGCGUCGUUUCACGCCGCUUCCACUCUCUCGUACCACAAGUAGACAACGUCGUCGUUCGCGUCGACUGCGUCAUUUCCGAUGACGACACAUCCCCUUCCUCUUCCUCUGAGAAAUCUCGGUCUUCCAGUUCGUCUUCUGGGCUCUCAUCGAUUUUCCGGUUGGUGUUUUGUGGCAUUGUUAAGCCGUUCCAGGCUCUCGGUCAGCUGCUUGGACCCAGGAGAGAGAUGUUAAAUUCUUACCCUUCGCGGAAUGGGUUGUUUUCUUCUUCCUCUUCUUCAUCGAGUUCAGCGUUGUCGUCGUCUUCCCUUUCCGUUGGGAACGAGGACGAUGGGGAAAUGGACCAGGGCGGUGUCACCCAUCAUUCCCCUACUCAGGUUCUUAAGAAUUUUAACGAAAUUCGGUUUUUAAGAAUCGAGUUGCCUGGUGGGGAAUUAGGAAUUGAUGAUGGGGUGCUUUUGAAAUGGAGGGCUGAUUUCGGAUCUACCCUUGAUAAUUGUGUUAUUCUAGGUGCUGCUUCAGUCAUCAAUAAUGGGCAUAACAAGAGUUGCUUUGUCUUGCAAGAAAACGGCUUCGAUGGGGCUUGUGGGAAUGUUAAUAACCACCACCACAACAAUGGUGGUAAUGGGAGUAAUGGCAUUGAUGAUAAUGGGAGCAUACCUGAGUCAUUUUACACCAACGGGGGUUUGAAAUUGAGGGUUUUGUGGACUAUUAGUUCCUUGAUCGCUGCCUCCGCGAGGCAUUACUUGCUUCAACCCAUAAUAGCAGAGCACAAGACUCUUGAUAGCUUGGUACUGACUGAUGCUGAUGGGCAGGGAGUGCUGUGUAUGAAUAGGGAACAACUGGAGGAGUUGAGGCUGAAGCCCUUAUCUGCUUCUUCUGCAUCGAAGAGAACGCUUGUUCCUGCCCUGAAUAUGCGACUUUGGUAUGCACCCUACUUGGAAUUGCCUGAUGGACUUGUGUUGAAAGGGGCAACUUUGGUUGCUAUUAGACCUAGCGAGCAGUCUACUGCCAAGAAGGAGGUUUGUGAUGCAUCUUGGGUUUCCACUGCUUUUGAAGAGCCUUAUGGCACUGCCGCAAAGAUGCUGGUUAAGAGAAGGACUUACUGCUUGGAGAUGAACUCAUUCUGAAGAUAGCAAUGGAACUUAGGGAAAGCGCAAAUGUUUUUGGGGGAGGUGAAUGUGCAAGUUCUUUCGUAGUGGAAAAUCAGAAACAAAUUUUGCUUUACACUUGGCCUGAAGUGGGUUUGCUGUCCCAUGGAGCUGAAUUGUGUGGUCUAUUGCUACUAUGACACCCAUCCUCGGUUGAUUAUUCACUGCAGUGAUUCAAGUUAUUCUGUGCUUUAACUGUGAAUUAAAAUGCAUCUGCUGCUUGUUUUUGUUGAGGCAUAUGCUUGAAAGGGUGCGCACAUGCAACUAGAUGAAUGUUGUAAGAGCUUUGAGUUUGUUGUCCUUUACUUCAAUCUGUAAUCUGUGUAUGUGAAAAUUGUAGGUAUGAAUAUGUUGUGCUUAUAUUACACUUUUUUAAUACAUUGAGCAAUUUAGUUUGAAUUAACCCUGA